ACCAAAACGAGCCACCGAGGGCAUGGGUGCAGUCUGCUCUGAGGGGAACAGGAGCAGCAGGCAGGUGGAGGGAGAUCCAGCGAACCGUCUGUCCGCUCCAGUGCAUCAUCAUCCUCUCGUAGCCUCGACAAACUCGCUGCCAUGAGUCAGUUGGGUUCCCAGAGCGCACUGAACACGAACAUGAGCCGCAGAGGAGAGCCGACCGCCGGGGGGUCCUUCCGCUACACCCGCAGCGAGUUCGUGCAAGGAGGUGGCAACGGAUACGACCAAUACAUGGACGGAUACCACACCUUGACCAAGUCUUCUGGAGGGGGAAUGGCAGUAGACACCAUAGGAAGAAUGGCAUCUACCACAGGAGGCGGAAUUAGUGGGCUUAAUGACAUCCAUCAGAGGGCUGUGUCCCUUCACGCUCAGUGCCAAGAGGACCUGAGGAGAGCUGAAUUCGUCCUACAGUCUGGAGGUGCUGUGGCUGAUGCAGAGCACUAUAUGUUGAGGGCUAAAGACACGAUUGAUCAGCUGAAGACCUACGCAAUGGACCUAAGGCAGAUGGGACAACCAAGUGACAAUGUUGUCAGAACUUUGGAGAUUUGUAACGAUCAGCUGAAGGGGGUCCAGUUGGCCAUGACUGGCUCUUUGCAGAGGAGGAAGAGUGCUAAAGGAAGCUCUGGUUCAUGGGAGGAGCCAGGAAGAAGCUUCCAUGAUGCUGUGGCCUGGAUUGCGCAGCAAAAGCGUCUGAUUGAAACUACAUUGUGGGGAGAAGAUCCCGCUAACAUAAAGAAAAAUCUCAUCAGCCACCAGAAGUUUCACAACUCUAUCCAGAACAGCCCAGAAGUAGACCGAGCCAGGAGUGACCUGGUUAAGAAAGGAGACAAAGGAAAUCUUCAUGCAUUGGACCAGGAGUGGGACAGUCUACAGCAAAUGUCAUUUGCUCGGAUGCAGCAGCUGGGAGACCUCCAGCAGAUCAUUCAAGAACUGUCCAAAGAGAUCAUGUGGGUCAAUGAUAAGGAAGAAGAAGAGUUGAUCUUUGAUUGGGGUGAAAAGAACAUAGAACAGUACAUCCCCCGGAAGCAAGAAAGCUAUUCAAAACUGAUGAGUGCCCUUGAAGAGAAAGAAAAGCACCUGAAUAAACUCAAGGCCAGAGUGGACACCUUGCUGAAGAACAAACACCCAGCUUCAGACAAGAUAGAGGCAUACAGGGACACACUGCAGACUCAAUGGAGUUGGCUACUUCAAGUUACCAAAUGCAUUGAUGUGCACCUGAAGGAGAAUGGAGCAUACAAUCAGUUCUUUAAGGAGGCCAAUGAGACAUACAGAUCCCUGCAAAGGCAACAGGAAUCCAUCUGUAAAAAGUUCACCUGUGACAAGAACACUUCACUGGAAAGCCUGCUGGAGCUGCUCAGGGGAUUGGAGAGGGAGCGAGAGAUGAUAAGGGAUCACAAGAGGCAAGUUCAGCAUCUUGUUAAAAAGUCCAACAGCAUCGUCAGACUGAAGUCUAGAAACCCAGAAGAGAAGAGCACCCGACCUGUUAUUGUCAAAGCCCUGUGUGACUUCAAACAAGACCAGAAGGUGAUCUGUAAGGGCGAUGAGGCAAUCUUGAAGGACAACAGGCAACGCAGCAAGUGGGAGGUUACAGGGCCGGGAGGACUAGAUAUGGUGAUACCAUCUGUGUGCUUGAUCCUCCCUCCUCCCAAUCCACUCAGCAUCAAUCUGGCUACCAAAAAUGAGCAGUAUGAUGAGUCGAUCCUGUCUAUCUGGAAUCAGCUGUACAUCAAUGUUAAGAGUCUUAUUGCCUGGCAGUACUGCCUUCUGGAUAUCGAACGCAUCAACUCUCUCACCAUCUCCAUGCUGGCACGGAUGAGUCCCGAGGAGUACUGCCAGUUUGUCAAGAGCCUUGAGAGUCAUUAUGAAGAGUUCAAACUGAGUUGUCAAUGCUCCCAGAUGUUUGGUGAUAAUGACAAGAGGGGCAUCGAGAGCCAAUUCAAUGGGGCUCAGGCCCACUAUGGAACUCUCGUGGUGCAGUUACCUGCUUACAAAGCCCAGCAAGCACAGCAACAGCUAAUUAUAAUGACAGCAGCUGCAGAUGAGGAUGCCAGCAAGCUAGAGGAAGAGCGGCAGAGAACAAAGCUGAAAAAAGUGAAGAAAGAGGUAGUGAAAGUGACAAAGACAGAGCCGGUGAAGAAGAAGGUCGCCUCUUCUUCACAUAGUUUAACAGAGCUGCACGCACUCAGAUUGAAGCUGGAAGCAGCUGAGGGCUUGCUGUGUCAGCAUGUUCACAUCUGCUUGGGAGAUGAUGGAACCACAGACUGUGGCCUCAAAAUCACACAGUUAGAGAGCGUGCAGGUUGAUGUCAACGCGAUAAAAGAGGAGUACAUAAAGCUGAGGGAGAAUAUUAUGAAGGAACUGGAGGGCAUGAAUGAUUCAGAUAAAGCUCAGUUUCUACGCAGUGAGCUUGGAGUUAUCAUCCAACGUCUCAGCAGUCUGGAGAGUAACUCAUCAAAUUAUAUCCAACGGCUCCAGGCUGUAAGGGACAUGCUGGAAGGUAUGGCACAUGCGGAAGAUACAGUUAAGGUUUAUGAGGCAAGAUUGACAGAGAAGGAGACCACUUCUCUGUUGGUGGGAGAUGUAAACGACUACUUGAAGACUCUUAAGAAUAUUUUGGACGAAUUGGAUCAGAAAAGUGAUGUUCUGGCCUCAAUGGAGGCAGAACUUGUCAAGGCAAACCACUUGAAUGGCCAGGUGGGUGGGGCCUUCUACAGUUGUGAAAUGAUGUUGUCAAAAUACACUGAGCUGGCGGGCCUACUGUCAGACCGGUGGAGACGAAUCAAGGCGCAGAUAGAUAACAGACUCCAGGAUUUGCAGCGGUACUUGCCUCAGCUGGAGCAAUACAAGCAAUCCAGUUCCUCCAUCACUGACUGGAUUAAUGACACUCGCAAAAACCAAGACAUCCUGCAGGACACCAACAUACAGAAUGUUCUAUCUCUGAAAGACCACAUAAACAAUCAGAAGGCUCUGAAUGCAGAAAUUAAAGCAAAAAGGGAUACACUAGAAAGUGUCCUGAAAGACAACGAUGCCUGUGUGACCUCCAUCAAGGAUUAUGAAACAGACCUAGCCUGUUAUGCCUCUGGAUUAGAGACUUUGCUCAAUAUCCCUAUCAAGACAACAAUGCUGAGAUCGCCAUCCAUGGAUCUUAUUCAGGAGGCUACUCAACUGCAGACCCAGUACAUGGAGUUGCUUACUUUGUCUGAUGACAACUUGAAAUUCCUAGGAGAGCUCCUCAAAAGCAUGGAGGAUAUUAAGAUUCGUAGCACUCGGAUUGACCUGUUAGAGGAAGAACUUCGCAUGUUGAAGGAGGAUAUCGAAGACCGUAAUACCAAGAACAAAUUUCUUGAAGAUGCUGUUGUUCGCUAUAAACUCGAGCUGUCCCAGUCACAGGAAAAGCUGCUGUCAAUGGAGGAGAUUAAGCGAACCACUGCUCUGCAGUGCAAUGCAGCAAAAGACAGCCUCGAGAACACUCACAACCAAUUGGCAGACCUCGCUGAUCAAGUGACACAUCUCAACUACUUGCUAGAAGAAGAAAAGAGGAAGAGAAAAUUGGCAGAGGAGCGCUACACCCAACAACAAGAGGAGUAUGAGUCUGUCCUUAGGAAGAGGCAUACAGAACUGGAUAGUGUCAGCUGGUCUAAAGUGGAAGUGGAAAAGAACAUGGCAAAACAAGAGCAUGAGCUUAAACAGCUGCAGCGUGAGCUAGAGGAGCAAACCUCGAAGGUGGCAGAGCUCCAGAAGGAGAUUUCAAAGACAUCCACCACAAUACUAUCACUGCAGUCGCAGUACAGUGAGACUUUGAAAGAGAGAGAUGCUCUGCAGCUGAAACUCCAAAUAUCUGGGACAGACAAAGAUCACCUUCAAAGGCUAGAGGAGGAAAUCAGACACAUUAAGCUGUCUCUUGAGUCAGAGCUACAAAAUAAACAACGUCUUCAGGAGGAGAAUGAGCGGGUGAAAAGAGAUUUAAGUUACUGGAAAGGACAAUAUGAAAGUAAGCAGGGCCUUGUCAACCAAUAUGAAGCAGACAAGGAAUAUCUGGAAAGGGAAAAGACUACUUUGAAAAGUGAGAUUGAGAGGCUUCUUAGGGAACUUAGUGAGCUUGAAAAAACAUAUAAAGGAAAGCUGUCAGUCCUCCAGAAAGAACUCACAGAUUUGACUAUUGUGAGACAAACUAUGCAGGAUGAGUUAAAGAAAACUAGAGAACCCCCAACCUUGGAUCCCUCCACUGUCAUUUUUGAUGGUGUCCGCAAACCAAUUACAGCAGCCCAAUUGCUUGACUGUGGUAUUUUGGAUAAAGCAGCUUUUAACCAGCUCAUUAGAGGGCAAAAGACUGUUCCUGAUGCGUCUGUCGAUAUAAAAGUUAGUUUAAAAGGAACAGGGCCAAUAGCAGGGCUGAUAAUUGAAAACCCACAGGGUGGGAGAUUUAUUUCUGGAUUUCCCUGUAAAAUAAGCCUCACUGAAGCAAAGAAAGAGCAUCUUCUACCACCAGAUGCUAUUGAUCUGCUGCUAGAUGCUCAGGCAGCCACAGGCCACAUCAUUGAUACCAGAACUAAUCAAAAGCUAACAGUAGAGGAGGCAGUUGCCGCCGGAGUGGUAGACCCAAGAGAUCAAGACAGACUUUUAUCAGCACAGGCUGCUGCGGUUGGCUACAGGGAUCCCAUUGGAGUAAAGCCACUUUCAGUGUAUGAGGCCUUGAAAAGAGGACUGCUUGACAAGAAAAUUGGGCUACGUUUGCUGCAGGCCCAGGAGUGUGUUGGAGGCAUACUAGAGCCAAAUCUCAGUGUGUUCCUUCCCAAAGUCACAGCUAUUAGUCGUAGUAUUUUGGAUGAAAACCUUUGCAAUGCUCUGUCGCAGAAUCCAAAGUGUUAUAUUGACCCAGACACUGAUGAGGUUGUCAGUUAUGAAGUUUUGAAGCAAAGAUGCAAGACAGAGGCUCACACUGGUCUGCUACUGUUGCCAGUCACUGAGCGGAAAAACCCAUCUAAACUGAUUUUUGACGGUGUCCGUAAACCAGUCACAGCACAACAGCUGCAUGAUUGUGGAAUCUUGGACAAAAAAUCAUUUAACCAAUUAACAAAGGGACAAAAAACUGUCCCCCAAUUGUCAGAUGACAAGAAAGUAUUUUUAAAGGGGAGAGGAUCAAUUGCUGGUGUAUCAGUUGGAUCUUUAGGUACUGUGUCUUUAUCAGAAGCCAAAAAACACUUGCUGAUGCACCCACAUAGUGCAGAUUUACUACUUGACGCACAGGCAGCAACAGGCCACAUUGUUGACCCCAAGACCAAUCAGAGAUUCACAGUAGAGGAGGCAUGUACCAGAGGACUGGUGGACAUAAGAGAUAGAGAUCGGCUUCUGGCAGCAGAAUCUGCUGCUGUAGGCUAUCAGGAUCCUAGCACGGCAAAACAUCUUUCAGUCUUUGAAGCUGUGAAGAAAGGAUUAAUUGAUAGGAAAACUGGCCUACGCCUGAUGCAGGCCCAGGAGUCUGCUGGGGGAAUUUUGGAUCCAAAUCUGAGUCUGUUCUUCCCCAAAGACAUAGCUAUGAAUCGCAACCUUUUGGAUGAAGAUCUUUGUAAGGCGCUAAAUCAAAGUACAGAGUGUUACCUUGACCCAGAUACAGAGUGUGAUGUCAGCUAUGAGGCUUUAAAGAAAAAAUGCAAAACCGACUUCAACACUGGUUUGAUAAUAUUGCCAAUUAUUGAAAGAAAAGAUCCUUCCAAACUGAUGUUUGAUGGUGUCCGCAAGUCUGUCUCAGCGAAGCAGUUGUUUGAGUGUGGAGUGCUUGAUAAGCCUACAUUCGACCAGUUAGUGAAAGGGGAGAAAACAGUAUCUGAGGUGUCUGCUGAAAAGGUUGUCUAUCUGAAGGGAACUGGGCCGAUUGCUGGGGUUCAAUCUAGGGAUCAGGGAAAAAUUUCCUUGUCAGAAGCCAAAAAACAAGGCAUCUUGUCCCCUGAGACUGCAGAUUUGCUUCUGGAAGCCCAGGCUGCCACAGGAUAUAUAAUUUCUGCCACCAACCAUCAGAAGCUGACAGUAGAAGAGGCUUGUGCCGUAGGAGUAGUUGAUAUAAAAGACAAGGAAAGAUUAUUGGCUGCAGAGGGUGCUGCUGUUGGUUAUAAAGAUCCAAGUUCAACCAAGCCUUUGUCUGUCUAUGAGGCAAUGAAAAGGGGACUAAUUAAUUGGAAAACUGGUUUACGUUUCCUGCAAGCCCAAGAGUGUGUUGGAGGUAUACUUGACCCAAAUCUUAGUGUAUUCCUUCCGAAAGACACAGCAAUCAAGAGGAAUUUAUUAGAUGAAGACCUCCGCAAUUCUCUAAAUCAGAGUCCUGCAUACUACCUUAAUCCUGAACCUGAACUUGAUGUAAGUUACAGGGCUUUGAAACAAAGAUGCAUGACAGAGUCUCACACUGGUCUGCAUCUUUUGCCAAUUUUAGAAAAAUUGGAUCCCUCUAAGUUGAUUUUUGACGGCGUCCGCAAGACAGUAACAGCACAACAAAUGUUUGACUGUGGCAUUUUGGACAAACCGACAUUAAAUCAACUAAUCAUGGGGGAGAAAACUGUGCUGGAGGUGUCUGUUGAUAAGCAUGUUUUCCUUAAAGGGACUGGUUUAAUUGCUGGGGUUGCAGCUGGAUCAUUCAAAAAAAUUUCCUUUAGUCAGGCCAAGAAACAAAGUAUCAUGUCCCCUGACUCUGCUGACUUGUUACUUGAAGCUCAGGCAGCCACAGGACACAUCAUAAACCCCCAGACCAAUCAGAAAUUGACCAUUAAGGAAGCAUGUGCUAGAGGCGUAGUCAGUAAGGAAGAUGAAUCAAAGUUGUUUGCCGCUGAAGCUGCUGCCAUAGGUUACAGAGACCCAAAUACUUCCCUGCUCUUGUCAGCUGGCCAGGCCAUGAAAAAGGGACUGAUUGACAAGGACACUGCUCUUCGCAUACUUCAGGCUCAAGAGUCUGCAGGAGGUAUUUUGGACCCUACCCUCAGUGUAUACCUACCUAGAGACAUUGCUAUGGAUCGGAAUCUGAUAGAUGCAGACCUAUACGAGGCACUCAGUCAGUAUCCUGAAUGCUAUCUGGAUCCAGACACCCAACUGCCAAUUAGCUAUCCGUCCCUGAAGAAAAGAUGCAGCGCAGACAUAAGCACGGGUCUUUUGCUUCUCCCAGAACCUAAAAAACCAACAACUGUCCAAGGACUUAGGAGCCAGGUCUCUGUCAUAGAUCUAAUAGAUGCAAACCUGCUGGAGCAAUCUGAUAUUAAUGAAUUGAAACAAGGGAGACUGACAAGUCAGGACAUUGAGUACCGCCUGCGCUCCUAUUUGGGCAUGUCCACCUGCAUAGCAGGACUAUUUGAUGAAGCCAGUGAUAGGGUGAUGACAUUUUAUGAGGCCAUGAAAGGUGGACUAUUGCAACCUGAGCCCGCUUUAGAGCUUCUUGAAGCCCAGGCUGCCUCAGGUUUUAUAGUCGAUCCAGUGCACAAUAUUCACCUCACUGUUAGUGACGCUUAUAACAAAGGACUAUUUGGGGCAGAGUGUAUGGACACCCUGCUAUCAGCAGAAAAAGCGGUGACAGGUUACAAACUCCCUGGUACAGAAAAGUUCAUCUCCCUUUUCCAGGCAAUAAAGAGGGGACUUGUUGUGAAAGAACAUGGCCUUCGUCUGCUAGAGGCCCAGCUUGCCACUGGCGGUAUUAUUGAUCCUGAACACAGCCAUCGGAUUCAUGUAAACGUGGCCUACAGCAAAGGAUACUUAGAUGAGGAAAUGAAUAAGCUCAUGACUGAUCCGGAUGUUGCUUGUAAGUACUUCUUUGACCCUAAUACAGAGGAAAACCUAACCUACCUGGAGCUUAAGAAACGUUGCGUUACUGAUGGGAAGACUGGCCUAAUACUUUUGCCAAUUGUAGACAAGGAAAAGCAGGAGGCAACUAUGAAAAACACCCUGAGAAAGAGGAGAGUAACAAUUGUGGACCCUCGGACUAAUAAAGAGAUGACUGUACGUGAAGCAUAUAAUAAUGGAUAUAUCGACUACAGCAGCUACCUGGAGCUGUCUCAGCAAGAGUGUGAGUGGGAAGAGAUCACUAUCACUGCUCCAGAUGGUUCCAAACGUUUCGUUAUCAUUGACAGGAAGACUGGUAGAAAGUAUGACAUCAGUGAACUGCUUGAAAAAAGAGUCAUUGAUGACUCAGUUUUUGAUCAAUAUCGCUCACGUAUCAUCACCUUAACACAGUUUGCCGAUAUCAUCACUGAAAAAACUGAACAUGGAUUGCCACCAACAACGUCCACAUCACAGGCUUCACUUCCAACUUCAGUGUCAUCAUCAUCAACAGUAAUAUCAAAAUCUUCCUCCCUCACAAAGACAUCUACAACAAUACCACCCACCAUUAAAGAGCAAAGCUUUGGAAGCAGCAGUGGUUCUCAAAACUCAUCUGACACCCUAAAUCAAGUAUCUAGUGUUUCUAUCACCCAGGCCUCCCCUAUUGAAAGUGUUUGUGAAAAGAAUCCUGUGGGUGCCAUAUUUGAUUCAGAGACUUUAGACAAAAUAUCCGUUAUGGGGGCUCUAAAUUGUGGUCUUGUUGAUACUAUUACUGCUCAGAGACUGCUGGAGGCCCAGGCGUGUACCGGAGGAAUCAUAAAUCCAGAAAACGGGCGUCGGCUCAGCAUCCAAGAUGCUUCACGCCAAGGUAUAAUUAAUGAUGAUAUGGCUACUAAACUCAGGCCUGCCCAAAAAGCUUUUAUUGGCUUUGAUGAUAUGAAAACUGGAAAGAAAAUGUCUGCUGCUGAAGCCAUUAAGGAGAUGUGGCUACCUUAUGAGGCAGGCCAGAGGUUUAUGGAGUUCCAAUUUGUAACAGGAGGACUUUAUGACCCAGAACUGGGUUGUAGACGAACCACAGCAGAUGCUUUGAAAAUGGGCUGGAUUGAUGGUAGCACUGCUAUGAAACUUCAAGACAUCAAAAACCACACAAAGAAUUUAACAUGCCCCAAGAGCAAAUUGAAGAUCUCUUAUAAGGAGGCUCUUGACAGUUGUCUGGUGGAGGAGAGCACUGGUCUGAGAAUGUUACCAGCAUCAUCCGUGUCCUCCAUAGGAAUAAGUAGUCCCUACAAUUUUGCGUCUGCCCCAGGAUCCAUUACAGGCUCUAGAAGUGGCUCACGACAAAGUUCCCGAAGGAGCAGUUUGGAUUUAUCUUCACCAAAUUUUACCCUAUUGCCACAAUCUAUACAUCAUUGAAAAGCAUUUUUAAUGCCUUUUCAGAAAAUCUCUGAUCGGACAUAUCUUCACCAAAUGUUACCAGAUUACGACAAUCUAUAUAUCUAUACCCCAUUGUUACUGAGCAAGAAACUGGCACGAUGUUGGCAGAUAUCUAAUUAUAUGAACAACCACUUUAUGAAUGCCAAUGUCCCACUUCUUUGUACUAACUACGUCUUUGCUGCAAAGACAGUGUAAAAUAUAUUUUUUUAAUUUGCUUUGGGAGCAUAAUAAUGCUCUGAUGGAUUUAUUCUGUAUUAAUUAGGGUACUCUUGUUUGUUUUUAUUUCUGAGGAGGGCUGCAAAGUUAAUUGCAUGUAGCAGACUCCAGAUUGUACAACUUUCGGGGAUUUUGAACUUCAAGGUAUCACUGUUAAGUACAACUAAUUUUGUGCUGAUUGUGUUUUUGUUUCUUCCAAUUCACAACUUAAAGUUCUGUAAUAGUUUAGAAAUAAAAGCAUUAACUUUU